GCCCUUCCAGGCGCACGGCCUGCCGGGAGGGGGCCGAGAGUCGGCGGCCGGGUCCAAUGGGUGCGGGCUCCCGAGGAGAGGGCGGAGGAGAGGAGGACGAGGCAGGUUCAGGGCUGGGUCCCCCAUUCAUUGCCGCAGCCAGCCAGGCGGGGGUCCCGGGUUUCGGGAGUCAUGGAGGCCCUCAUUCCUGUCAUCAACAAGCUGCAGGACGUCUUCAACACGGUGGGCGCCGACAUCAUCCAGUUGCCGCAGAUCGUGGUGGUGGGGACGCAGAGCAGUGGAAAGAGCUCAGUGCUGGAGAGCCUGGUGGGGCGGGACCUGCUUCCCCGAGGCACUGGCAUUGUCACCCGGAGGCCUCUCAUUCUGCAGCUGGUUCACGUGGCACCAGAGGACAAGCGAAAAACAUCAGCAGAAGAAAAUGGUGUAGAAGCCGAAGAAUGGGGUAAAUUUCUUCACACCAAAAAUAAGCUUUACACAGAUUUUGAUGAAAUUCGACAAGAAAUUGAAAAUGAAACAGAAAGAAUUUCAGGAAAUAAUAAGGGUGUAAGCCCUGAACCAAUUCAUCUUAAGAUUUUUUCACCCAACGUCGUCAAUUUGACACUAGUGGACUUGCCAGGAAUGACCAAGGUGCCUGUAGGGGAUCAGCCUAAGGACAUAGAGCUUCAAAUCAGAGAGCUCAUUCUUCGAUUCAUCAGCAACCCUAAUUCCAUUAUCCUUGCUGUGACUGCUGCUAAUACGGACAUGGCAACAUCUGAAGCGCUGAAAAUUUCGAGAGAGGUAGAUCCGGAUGGUCGCAGAACACUGGCUGUGAUCACGAAGCUUGACCUGAUGGACGCGGGCACUGAUGCCAUGGAUGUGCUGAUGGGAAGGGUCAUUCCAGUCAAGCUCGGCAUCAUCGGCGUGGUCAACAGGAGCCAGCUGGAUAUUAACAAUAAGAAGAGCGUAAUUGACUCAAUCCGGGAUGAAUAUGCUUUUCUUCAAAAGAAAUACCCAUCUCUAGCCAACAGAAAUGGAACCAAGUAUCUUGCUCGGACUCUAAACAGGUUACUAAUGCAUCACAUACGAGAUUGCUUACCAGAGCUGAAAACAAGAAUAAACGUGCUAGCUGCUCAGUACCAGUCUCUUCUGAACAGUUAUGGUGAGCCUGUGGACGAUAAGAGCGCUACUUUACUCCAGCUCAUCACCAAAUUUGCCACAGAAUAUUGUAACACAAUUGAAGGAACCGCAAAAUAUAUUGAAACUUCAGAGCUAUGCGGUGGUGCUAGAAUUUGUUAUAUUUUCCAUGAGACUUUUGGGCGAACCUUAGAAUCUGUUGACCCCCUGGGUGGCCUUAACACUAUUGAUAUUUUGACUGCUAUUAGAAAUGCUACCGGUCCUCGCCCCGCUUUGUUCGUGCCGGAGGUUUCCUUUGAGCUGCUGGUGAAGCGGCAGAUCAAGCGUCUGGAGGAGCCUAGUCUGCGCUGUGUAGAGCUGGUGCACGAGGAGAUGCAGAGGAUCAUUCAGCACUGCAGCAACUACAGCACCCAGGAAUUGUUGCGGUUCCCUAAGCUUCACGAUGCCAUCGUGGAAGUGGUGACGUGUCUCCUUCGCAAGCGGCUCCCUGUCACCAAUGAGAUGGUCCAUAACUUAGUAGCCAUUGAGUUGGCGUACAUCAACACAAAGCACCCAGACUUUGCUGACGCUUGCGGGCUAAUGAACAAUAAUAUAGAGGAACAAAGGAGAAACAGGUUAGCAAGAGAAUUGCCUUCAGCUGUAUCACGAGACAAGUCUUCUAAAGUUCCAAGUGCUUUGGCACCUGCCUCCCAGGAGCCCGCCCCUGCCGCUUCUGCCGAGGCUGAUGGCAAGUUAAUUCAGGACAACAGAAGAGAAACUAAAAAUGUUGCAUCAGGAGGUGGCGGGAUUGGAGACAGUGGUCAAGAACCAACAACAGGCAACUGGAGGGGAAUGCUAAAAACUUCGAAAGCUGAGGAAUUGUUAGCUGAAGAAAAAUCCAAACCAAUUGCAGUUAUGCCGGCAAGUCCCCAAAAGGGCCACGCUGUCAACCUGCUGGAUGUGCCAGUUCCUGUUGCACGAAAGCUUUCUGCCCGUGAGCAGCGAGACUGUGAGGUUAUUGAACGACUCAUCAAAUCCUAUUUUCUUAUUGUCAGAAAGAAUAUUCAAGACAGUGUGCCCAAGGCAGUAAUGCACUUCCUGGUUAAUCACGUGAAGGACACGCUUCAAAGCGAGUUGGUAGGACAGCUGUACAAGUCAUCCUUGCUGGAUGACCUUCUGACGGAAUCGGAGGAUAUGGCACAGCGAAGGAAAGAGGCAGCUGACAUGUUAAAGGCAUUACAAGGAGCCAGUCAAAUUAUUGCUGAAAUUCGAGAAACUCACCUCUGGUGAAGAGAACUACAUAAAACACUGAGACUUUGUUGACUCAAAAACGUGCUAGUUACUGCCUACUUGAGUAGAAUUGUAUUUAUGAACUGUGUAUCACAACAGUAUCAAUCUGCUCAUGUGAAGACUGGCUAUAAAUGAGAAGUGUACUCUGCAUUACAGAACAAAUCACACAUUUAAUCCAGAUAAUAAAUGGCUGUUUCUAAAGUUUCCGUGUAUACAUACAUACAUAUAUGAAUAUAUAUAGUGUAUAGAUGAAGUCUGUCUUGUGACGGUUUCAUCUGAACUUAAAAAGAACUGUUGAUGUUCUAGUUGUACAAAAUUUGCCUGUGGGGAAGAUGACCUGUGUGAGCUUGUCCUAAAAGUGCUACACAUAGUCCUUGGGGAAGACAAUGCAUACACCAUACAACUGACCUGGCUCUGAAAGGUGGGGCUUGGCAAUCUGACAUAGUCACUGUCCUUCAAUGUAGUUUAAAUCUCUGCAGUCUGUGCUGUGUUCGUUACUAGCAAGCUGAAGGCACACAUGGAUCUGGAGCCCUGAAGAUUCAAAUUCACUCACACUUCAACCUGAAAGCAUUACGACUUCCUGCAUUAAAAACACUCGUCUUAGUUGAUUUAGUAAUGUUAGCCAGUUCCUUUAAGUUUUACUUGUUUCUCUAAUAGUAAAUCAGAUAUACCUAUAAAGUGGGCACUUUCAUAUUCCAAGACUGCCUUUUUGUGGAAAUUCAAAUCCAGUGUACUCGCUGUAAUUCUGUUGGCAGUAGGUACCAACUAUGUUAGCAGAGUGACUGAGAAACACUGACUGGCCAAGUUCUGCAGAGAAAAAAACAUCCAGACACACACACCAACCACACUGCAUUCAGAAGUUGGAGCUGUUGGCAGCACUAUACAUGGGAAGAAAAUUACGUAUCACAAAUACAACUUGCCAGGUUGUAGACAUGUUUUUAUGAAGGAUUUUUUGGCAGAGAAAACAUGAAUAUUAGCUUAAGGUCCCCAUUUACCAAGAAAUAUUGGUUGCAAGUGAUCUCAAACAUAGAUGAGUUUGACAGAACAUCUUUGAAUUCAUUCAGUGAAUGCAUGCUGUCAAAAUGUUAAAACCAAAAGCCAGCUGUGAAACGAGCCACCCAUGACUUCUCAAAUGGACCAGAUGGCUACCACCACAGCCUUUUGAGUUUGCAAGAGAAAACAAUUCACAAUGCGCCUCUUUUCUGCCUAUCACAUUUGAAGAUGUAAACUUUCAAAACAUGCUGGGCACCUGCUGGUACUACACACUGAAAAAAGUAAGUUUCAAGAACGCCUGCCUUGCUGGCUCUUAAAAGUGAGGUUCUGCAAUGUGGAAAUGAUCUCCAGCAUAUUUAUAAUAGAAUACUGUAUGUUCUUGCUGUGUAAAUAAAGUUGCUGGUAUAAAAUGACACUAGUUUGUCAAUGAAAAAAUUCCUCUUCA